AUCUUUUCUCAAAGAAUUUUGUUUCAACUCAAAGUAUUCCAAAACGAAUCGCAAGUCAAGAAGGCUUACAAGAGGAGAUCUGCUUCGCAGAAAGGAGAUGGACCACAUGUCUCCUAGGCUUCGAGCCUUCCUCUCUGAACCAAUUGGGGAGAAGGAUGUGGCCUGGGUGGAUGGAAUCAGCCGUGAGCUUGCCAUCAAUUUGGUCACCAAAGGUUUCAACAAGGCCUACAUACUGCUGGGACAGUUCCUUCUGAUGCACAAAAAUGAGGCGGAGUUCCAGAGGUGGAUCAUCUGUUGUUGCGGUGCCACGGAGCACGAAGCCCGCCAGAGCUCCACCUGCCUGAAGGAGUGGUGUUCCUGCUUCCUGUGAACACCUGGCAAGGCCU